AUGUCUGGCAUCCUCUCACAAGUACCCGUGGUCAAUCGACUAUUGGGGCUUUAUUCUAACCGCCAGGCGAUCAAUGUACCCUCUGUUGAGAUUCAUCACAUUGAGACAGACCCGGACAAACGGGCAAGAUGUCUGAAGCAUCUAAUCAAGGCAAAUCAUGCCAACUACUCCGUCGUCUAUCACAAUCUUCAAUACGACAAUCACAACUCUCACAUUCUUAGCUCUGCAUAUCUAUUAGGAGCAAGUAUUUCUCAGAUGAACGACAUCUAUGACAAGGAAAUUCGAGAACUGGACCCAUGGGUACCUUCACCCGCCGAGCUUGGCGAAGAUGACUGGGAACAACACAGAGGCGACAAGAGAUUCCAGCGUGCUUAUGUGGACUUCUUUGAAGACAAAUUUGUUAUGCGAUUCAAAUAUGACUGGCGCCAGGAGAUGCAACACUAUCUGUUCACUGGCGAUGAACCUUUAUUCCAUGGUCUGAUCUGUGGUCUUGGACAUCCCCUUAUCCACUUGGGCUAUGCUUUCGAGAUGGAUUGCAAGGAACUCGCUAUGGAAGCUUUGGGACUGGCUUGUGUCCAGUACAACUUUUUCCACAAGUAUCUCGAUAGUUCGUCAUAUACCAAGCAAGCGCCUUUCAAUUCGGCAUCACCACUAGAUCUUCUCACCAAAUUGGCCAAAGAUAGUCGAUUCGACUCCAUCAGCCCUGACCUAAGCGACAUGGAAGAACUCUUUGACAAGCAUGAGGAUAUCAUUCUGGAAUACUGGAAUGCAUGGGAGAUUAAUGAUCCCUUGAAGCAAUUUGAGUUGUCCCAAGAAGCUGCGGCUGCUCUUCUCGUUGCGACAGUCAAACCAGGCACCCAUGCAUUCAAUUUCCUGCUUGUACAUCUGCUAACAACAAGCCAUGCUGUUCGAAUUUUACUUCCGUUCAUCCCCGAGAAAUACCACAUUACUCUUGUCCGGGAGUGGUGGUUACUUGUCUUAGGAAUCUUCAUUGUGAAGGGCCGGCCUCUUCCUGAUCCGGACAAUGUCGAUAGCGAUGCUAAACAGCGAGGCUGGAAGUAUGUUGAGGACAAGGCUUUAAACUCGGACUGGGCCACUGAUGCUCACUACGUCAAGGCAAUUCGUGCUUUGAAGGAAGCAUCCAGGACAUGGGGUGAUGUUCACGACCGCUACCUCCUGGCAGCCCUUACGUUUGUUGACAACUUUCAAGGUUGGACAUUUUGA